GAGACACCACUUUUCCACCACUGGUCACAAUAACACUGUUUCCAAGUUUCUAAACCUUUCCAUGACAUGGAAGCAAAACAUCUUAUACAAAGCCCAAUUGGAUGGAUUAAAAUAAUUUAUACUGACAAAGGUAUAAAGAGUGUUAAGUUCACCGACGAAGAAAAUGAAACUUUAGAACACCGUGCCUCCACAAAAAAUAUCCACUUACAAUUGGCAAUAAAAUGGUUUGAAACAUACUUGAAGGAUCCAGCGAAAACUAAAUCAUUGAAAUACCCAAACCUUGACAUGGAAACAUAUGGCAGUAAAGUUUUCAUGUGUAAAGUUUGGAAUGUUCUCAUGGAAAAAGUUGGACCUGGACAAACUAUAAGUUAUGGAGAAUUGGCCAAGCUGUGCCACAACCCUGGAAGUGCAAGGGCAGUGGGACAGGCAAUGCGGAGGAACCCCUACACAAUACUGGUGCCAUGUCACCGUGUCAUCAAUUCUGGGGGUUCCAUGGGCAACUACAGUGGUGGUAUAGACAAAAAACAAUGGUUGCUAAAACAUGAAGGAAAAGAAUUCUAGUUUAAACAUAGACAGAUGAACAAUUCUUACCAUGAAUCAAAAUAUUUUUUCAGAUGAACAAUUCUUACCAUGAAGCAAACCAUUUUUUUUCAAAUUGUAAUUCCUAAGUUAUGUUACAAGGUUUGAGACCUCAACCAACCCAGACAAACAUUACCAAUUAAUCUUAUUUGGUGAAAGAAAAUGUAGAAAGUUUUGAGUUAA